CCCUACAGACCUCAGUCACUCGGCGGCGGUCAGAGGGAGAGGACGCACAUCUUUGCUCCUGCCCAAUCUAAGCCCACUACCACCAGCCCGCGCCCACCCCGCAAGCCCGAAGUGACUGAAAAAGGGAAUAUCUGCCCGUGGGAAUACCCGUAGGAGGUGGAUAGCCCUUAGGAGUAUUAACGAGGAAUAUUACCGAAGAAAGAGAAAGAAAAAGGGAAAAAAAAACGACCACUACUACAACGACAACCACACCCCAAACCACAACAACCACAACAACCAAAACAAGAAAAAGCGCGCCAAAAACGUAAACAAAACGACCACCACCACCACCACCAUGUCGAGCGGUUCCAACGGGUCUACUAAACAGUUCAUCAGUGACACCCCAGACGGGCCCCAACACACCUACCCCAGAAUCUUUCCCCCAGAGAUCCGGCUAUACCCCAGCCUGCUCCCGCCCCCUGAGGCCUCCAGAUAUGAGCCGAACUUCAUGCUGGGGUACGGGGGAGGCCUAAGCUACCCCAGAAAAGAUGAAAAGGGCGGUAGAAAACAGGAGUCUCGCUUCAUGAGCCGGCCUAAAGCGUAUGACAAAUCCAUGCUUGAUCCACGCCUGUUCCUCUACCCCCCCACCCCAGAGCUACCCCGUGGGCCCAACUACGGGGGAGAGGAUGCGGAGUCCUGGGGGAGAGCUAAGGGGUCCUGGGGUAGCCGUGGGGGGAGCUGGGGGGUUAAGAAGGGGGAGGGAUUUGACUGGCAUAUUCCAAGGGCGUCGUUGGCCUGUCAACAUAGAGGAUUGGAAGGACCUUGUGAUGAUUGUAUUUGGAAGUACCAGCAACAGCAACACCAGAACAACCAACUCUUCAACGCCUCCACUGAGCUCCCAGGCACUCACACCAGCUCCACCACAGCGGCCCACCACCACCACCCCAAACACCACCACCACCUCGAACUCCCCCCGCUCCACCCCCAACACCACAACGCAGACGGCGCUUCCAUCUGCUCAAGCGUCAACCCGCCACCGACCUUCACUGCCCUAGACAAUUAUCGCCCAGUUCGACCGCAACGGACGGCCAAAUCAUGCAGACAUUGUAGCUGUGGGAUAAUCUUCGCUAUAACGACCGUGUUUUCGCUACUGGUGUUGGUACUGAUAGCUGGGUUCAUCAUCUACGUGGAGAUGGUCCUCAAACACCAGACAGAGAAAGCCAUGCACAGAAUGUAGAAGAAGAGGAAGAGGAAGAAGAAGAAGAGGAGGAAGAAGAGGAAGAGGAGGAGGAGGAAAAAGAUGAAGAAUUUGAGAAGAUGAAAGAAUGAAUCAAUGUGAAUGUAUGUGUGUGUGUGUGUGUGUGUGUGUGUGUGUGUGUGUGUGUGUGUG